GGACGAAAUAUGAGGUUAGUGUAGUUCGCGUAUAAGUCAGUUGUUGUUUUGUUUCGGUCCUGAUAAGGUGAAUCCUGUUUCUUGUUUCGUCACCGUCCUUUCUCGUGAGAUGAGGCAACCCGUGACAUCAUUCAUAACUUUCUACAACCAACUUCGUUUAGUUUUCACAUUUUAGUUUCUGAGUUUUGUGUGAGCACAUGUUCAGAAGUGUAAAGCUGUUAAGACAAUGAUAUUAACAUUUUUAUUUAUGUCAUUCCAAACGUCAUUCGGUGCACCUAAUCAUGCGCCUGCAAAUAGAACGAUAGCAAAUUACAUCCCGGAGGAAUUGCUUGUUGACAUAUCGGAUUCUAAUGAAACCAUCGCCAGAGCUGGUCAUGGACUGCUAGCUGUAGAAAAUCAACGAAACGUUAAUUAUUACGGGAAUGGUCGAUAUAGUUCUCAGAGACUCAAAUUCAAUGACGUCACGGAUGAUGACGCCCACGUGUUUCAAAACAAUGAAGACGAUCAAAACGUUAAAAAUCACGAUUUACCAAAAAGACGAAGACGAAGGAAGCCGAAACAGAGUCACAUCGGCUUGAAUUAUCCCGGAACUCAGCACUACGCCCCCGGCACUGGACUAUACCGAUAUCCUUAUCUGGCAGAGCAAAACUAUGCAUCAUCUGCCGCCUCUUCAAUCAUAUCUUCAGUUAGUAACGCGUUGUCGUCUAUCAGCGAACAUGAUGAUCGCCAGUGCGUGGCCAGGUUACUGUGCGAGGCGGUGAGUGGGUCGCCAGCCUCCUCACUGUUCGACAGAGUGUCAGGGUUACAACCCCUAUUGACCCUGCUGACGGCAUACAGCGGUCUUCAAUCUACUCCGGUGCAGAUGUUCGGCCGCGCGCUGCUGCUGGGAGCUUCCCGGAGUAAGGCCGCGUGUCUGGAUGCUCACCCUCUUUGCCCCACGGACACCGAGGAACUGGUUCAUUACCUCAACAACCAUAACGGAGGUUUCUUCAGAUUUUUUAAUGCGCCAGACAGGCAGAAUCUUGAACAAAUCCAUAACCAGCUACAUCAGAACCAAAUGUACAAUCAGUAUUAUGGGCUAUACGGUUCACCAAACAGUGGACUAUACCGACCGGGCCUCUACACUCCAGGAGAUCAGUAUGGACUCGCAUUUCCAUAUCAUAACGACGAAUACGGAAAUAAAAUAGAGAAGAGGAUACAGAAUACUCCCAUCAGAGAAUAUGAGAGGCUUCAUCAAAAAACGCAUACAUGGACAUUUCCUGAGGUUGAACAUAAUGAUGUUAAUGAUCUAAAUUACAUUAAAAAUACAUUAAAAUUUCCGUAUGAUGAAUCGGAGGGUAGUUAUAGAAAAACUAGAGGCUUCACUUUUCCUACUUACAAUAACUAUGUCACUGGGAGCGACGGGAGGUUCGUCUCAGAUUCGUACAAACCAACUUAUAAUCAGUUUUCAUACGUUGAUGGGGGCCACCACAAAAGACCUUCCUCUCAAAGAUUCGAAGGAUUUCAGACGGUGUACGUCGUGAGAGGCGACGGUGAUCCCAACCACCCUGAGAUUAUACAUCUCCGACCUGGCCAGAGUGUCCACUGAGGAUAUUAUAUCAAACAAUUGCAUCACUCGGGUUCACGUACUCGUAUUACAAACAACUUAAUUUAAGUUUAGUUCAUUUGAAAACAAUGUAUUGUCAUAUAACAUAACUGAAACCAUGAAACGCCAUGUAUUUUCUUCAUUCAACACACAAUUUAAGUAAGUUGUAUACAAUAAGUAUAUAUUUACACAUCUCCAAUGCCAAAUAAAAUCCCUUGUAUUUUAAUAGCUUUUAAUAUGUUUCUGCUUCGUUGAUUCCUGAUUUCUCGACUGGAUUUUUUAUCACUCUAUAAGUGAGCUCGACGUAUUGAUUUCAGCGUUUAGUAAAACAACGUAACAAUCAUGCGUGUAGAUUGAGAUACUUUAAGAAAUAAUUAAGUCAAUUAGAAAGAUAAUUAAAAAAAUCAUAAUAAUAAAGCCUUAAUAGUUGGAUUUACCAAAAACAACUAGGUUUUACCCAACAAAAAAAACCCCUAACGCAUUUAGAUAUAAAUCGAAUAAUGGCUUAGAACCACCGCAAGGAAACUAGCUUUCAGAUCGACAAAACCUCUUCGAUAUUGGUAGAUCUAUUAGAGAGCUACGAUGCCACAGACAGACACACACUCAGACAGACAUCAAAUAUAUAUCACCCAAUUUUUCACCGGCUUUUAAGAUAAUCAAUGUCUAGGGACACGUACCUACGUAUACAUACAUAUAUAUUGAAAUUUGCAAUGACAUUAUUUUUCAUUAUGUUUAUAAAUAACUGCAAUUCACUAAACGACUAAUUAAUAGCGUAUAUAAACGUGCGGACACAAUGUCGGCACAGUAAUAUUUAUUGAAGGAAAUCUUCAUUCGAGUUCGUGAAAUGAUUAAGACUAACCUUUACAGGAACCGCUCCUUGUAUUGACGGUUGAAAGAAACGCUCUCGACACGACUGUAACGAUGAACACAAGUAACUUAAUGUUUGAUUAAUUUUAAUAUCAAACUCAUUUAUAUUAUUUGAGACGCUUGUGAGUUGUGGCGUAGUGAUCAAAAUUAAUUAUGAUUUUACUUAAACGUGUCUAUUAACUAUCAACAAAAUGAGUGAUUCGAUUAAAAGAUGUACACACCUGACAAUAACUGUGUUAAGAUCGGAAGUGAGAUCUAAUGAGGAGCUAUCACGUGAUGGUGAUAUUUGUCAAAACUAAUCCUUUACCAACAAAAGUUUAAAGAUGUAGGUACAUUCAAAAGAACCGCUGAAUGUGUUUGUGGAGGAUUUAAUUUAAGAUGAACAUUUUAUUAACAUUUUUCGCUCUCCUUUAUUAUACGUACCGUUCAUAGAACAUGGGCCGUGGUUUAUUUUUAUGCUAUGGCUUCAUUCGCACUGGAAUCGGGGAAUAUCUUGCCAAUGUCAACGUUUUUAUAUGGACCGUGUUACUUACUAGAUAGAUAUAAUAAAUGAUGUUAAGCACGCUUGCUGCGGACUCAUAGUCCCUUGUACAGGGCUCUCUCCAAACUACUUCAAUACGAGGUCGCCAUUAGAAGGGUCUCAACUGCACCAAUACGAGAUAUGGUCGUCUAAUUCACAACACGACAUACGAUACGACAUUCAUUGGUUUUAUCGUAUCGGACAUCUGCCUGAAGAUCGUGUGGUGUAAAAGUGUGCGUUCGUGACAUUUGCUGAUUUUGGUGAAACAAGGAGAUCACGACGUCCUUGAACUUAGACGCCGUGUGGUUAAAAAGAUAUACCACCGUCCGUGUUGAGAUACAAGAAAUUAAAAUGACAUGAAAUAACACAUCCAGGGCACGAGAUCAUUUAUAUAUGACGUACGUUACGAGAUAUUGUUUCAGGAAAUAAAGCUUGUGAUACAGUGACUGAUAUAAUUGUGAUCUCUUAAGAAUUAUGAUAUCAUUUUCAAAUCUAUUCAGCGGCUUACCGGAUUUCAAACAAAUUUUUUUUUUACUAUGGCUUCAUUCACACUGGAAUCGUGGAAUAUUUUGCUAACCUCAGCGUUUUAAUUUGUUGAACGAACUUUAAACGAACGAUAAACUUGAGUGCCCACUGUGCUCAGAAAACACGAAGCAGUUUGUCGAAAUGUUUAUCAAUGUCGUAUUAAUGGCCGCCAUACUUCGUAUAAUUGACAGCUACAAUUGACAUUCGUCAGUUUUCCUAAACGACUACUGUCAAAGUAUUGUAUUGUUAUUAAGAAACAGUUAUAAUUCACGCUACACUAGGUACGUUUGAUUGAGGUUAUAUUUUUUUAAGAAUAAAUAUACUAUAAAGGAAAGAUUUACCCUAAAACCUACUGUGACGUACAUUAAUUGUGUAAAUCAAUAUAUAUUCCGAUAAAUAAAUAUGUUUUUAAUAUGUAUCACGAUUGUUUGUAUAAGUAAAGUACCUUCAGUAUCAUAUGAAUUAACAAAUAGGUUUGCUUGUUGUAUAUUUGAGUUAUAUUUUAAUCAUAAGUCGUAGAAGUAAUAUGAUGCAACUGUUGUUAGUGCGAUCUGGAGCUGUAUGCAAAACAGAAUGCAACACACGAGAAUAAGAUGACAUCCAUCGCUUUACAUAAUGAGAAGACAAGCGGCGAACAACACUACAUAUAUUAAUGUGUCUGUCUGUCCGUAUCAAAACAUAAAACGAGGAGAUUAGCUUCUAACAGAUAGCAGAUUCUGCGAGAGAUUUAACAUCAAUUGAUUCGCUGUUUAAAACGGAAAUAUUGGCUACUGUUACUGAACUGGAACAUACAACCUUGCAUUGAUUAGUAUCGAGCAACGCCGGGACAGCCCUAGCGCUGCUCGAACACGAUUGAAAUCGUGGUAACAGUUGGCAUGUAAUGUAUGCGAGGCGCGCUCGGCGGUGGCUUUGUUUUCAUCAUUUACAUGGACGUGGAAGUAUUCUUUUGAAUGUUUGUUUCCGUGCUUUUGUUGUGAUUCAUUUGUUUAUUUGCUGAAUAACAAGAAUUUCUGCGCACACCUGUUACCUAAGUCUUCGUCACAAUUUCCUUCUAAUACCUAUUUGCAUGUUCCAGUUGAAACGUCGAGAUACAAUAGAGGAUUUUCCUCGAUUCUGAUUUCAUUGGUUCUCAUUAUGAGGAAUAUUUUAUGGAAAAUUUUAUAUAAAUAUAUUCAAGACGGCUUCAGAGGAAUAAUUUUGCAAGAUUUUUUUUUGGAAGGAAGGCUUCUGAAAUUCAAUUAUGUUGCCCUCAAAAAAUACAAAUAUUUCAAAUAUCUUAUUGGUGUCGUAUAUGGCCUGAUGAGAAGUCGCGUUAUAUAAAAACUAUGGUGCGUGAUGAUAAAUCUAUAUGAAGUGUCGGAGAGGAGGCCGGGGACAUAAGAUAAUAUGAUAACAUCCAGGUUUCACUAAACAUAGAGAAAACUUGUAAAAGCCAGACCAACAGCUGUAUACCCGUAACAGGAGCCCAUUAUACAAUCAUUGUGGUCUUUACUUCACGUCUACUUAUUUUUAACCAUUUAAGUAUAUGUAGUGUACGUUAUACACAUUCAAUAUCUGUAUGUACGUUUAUGUUCCACUCUAUCAUCUCUCGUUUUUUCACUUUUCUGAAGCUAGGAUGAUUUUAAUUCAUGCUUUUGGGUUCACGGUGGAAUUUUGUUAAGAAACGAUUCGUUUAAACUUUAAGACUCAUUAUUUUUCUUGCUAAGAAUAAGAAGGACCAUCCGAAAAUAAUAACAGUCAGUAAUUAAAGAAAAUUUAAAAUUUAUAUAGUUAUUUUUGUAAUGUUUCUCCUAAUAAGGUAUUGUUCUUAGGACACUGUCAUGCAGACCAUCGUUGUUAUAUUUAAGGGAAAAAUCUGAUUUAGGAAGAAAAAGAAUGAUGGUAGGAAUAAGACGAGGUAGCAUCAAGCUUACGACCCGUCCAUACUCCAUUCAUCUAAUGCUAUAUGCUGUGAGGAACUGUAAUCAGAUCUGGACGAGUAGGUACGUCUUGAUAAAAAUUGAAAUAUAAAAUCUGCCGGAAAGUACAAGAUUCAAUACUGGCAUGUUUUAUUUUAUACUUUUAACCCCCGAAACAAAGGCGAGGUGUUAUAAGGUUGACGUCUCUCUCUGUGUGUGUGGGUAUCGUCGGAAGUCUCAAAGGAUCGACAGAUUAUGAUGAGGUUUUUAUACGUCAUUCAUAACGAAAAAUGUGUAAUGAAUACCUUAAGAGGAGCAAAUAUGUUAAGAGGAGCUGGGACUGAGACAUUGUAAAAAAUAAUCACCGUUUAUAAAAUAUUGAAAUAGUUUAAGCGUCCGAUUUCUUGUGUCUUUACUUAAUUAUGUUUAAGUAUGAAUCUUUCUGAAGACCUGUAAUACAUUGACUUUGACUAUUAUUUAAAAGUUAAUGAUAUUUAUAAAUAACUAUUAUUGAACAUGACUCAAAAAUAGCCUAAGUUUAUUAAUAUAAAUCAAUCAAACGAAUGAAAACUAUAUUGUAAUAGCACAAAUAUAAUUCGAAAUAAAACCAAUUUUAACCAAAAUUAUAAUUUUGUUUAUUCCUGAAGGCAUGUAAAUAUUUAAUGACAAAUGCUACUCUUAAUUUCUUUAUGAUCACUAUUUAUUUUAUUAAAACAGGUAGAAUAGAACCUCCUUCCGUGAAAAUAGAUUAUUUCUAAGUAUUGAGACUAAUAAAAUUAGUGGAAAGAUGUUGGCGAUCUUUUUUAAGGAUACGUAUUGUUAUACCUACAAUCUACAUAUCUUUAAAAAAAGAAUAUGUAUUACUAAUUAGUAAGAUAUAUUAAUACGA